UCUCUCUCUCUCUCUCUGAGAAUGCUAGCAGCUAAAUCUCCAAUCGCCGGGGAUCAGAUCCAACAGCCGAAAAGUGCCCGGAAGCCUCUGCAACCGAGGAAUUCUCAGGCGAACCUUCCGAUCGACGACCGGCUCAAGCUGAAAUCCAAGGCGCAAUGGAUCGACAUCUCGGUGAUGAACGAUUCGAACAAGGAGAAUUGCCACCAGCUCCAGCCGGCUCCGGCGACGGUCUCGUCGUUCGACGCGUCCCUCGCGGAGGAGCUCAGCGCGAUCCGCCAGAAGAACGAGCGACUGAGACUGGAGAAAGAGAAGACGGAGAAGAUCCUAGGGGAUAGGGACUUGGUGCUGGAGAUGAAUCUCAAGGAGCUCAUCACGAGAGGCGAAUUUCAGAAGCAGCUCGAAAUCGAGGUCGAUAGGUUGUUUCGAUUGAAAGAACUGAAGUCGUUUUGCAUGAAAAUAUCACCACAUCGAUCGUUGAGAGAGAAGGAACAGGGCAGGAAGAUAAAGGAAGGCCAAUCACAGGAAAUGGAUGCUGAAGAGUCGAUCGAAUCUACAAGUGAGAUUACAUCACCAAGUAACACUUCCCAAAUUGAUACAAAGAAAUGAAUUUUACAUUCAUAGAGGGGGUGAAUCUUCUCAAAUUAAUAGUCAACUAUGCUUUGUUGACUUGCUUUUGGAUCUGUCAUUUGUGUUGAAAUCAAGAGGUGGGAAAAAGUACUUACUAUAGCACAUUGAAUUUCUGUUCAUAGUACUGAAAAUGUUCGCCCAAUUCAUGAUUGAUGAUUCAUCUGUUGAAAUGUAAUUUCAGUUUUCCAUUGAAGCUCUAUAAAAUAUUUCUGACCGUGCCAUUGGUCUCUUUGAGUGUU